AUGGCUGAAUCCCAUAGAUUGUACGUCAAAGGUAAGCACUUAUCCUACCAAAGAUCUAAGAGUGUUAACAACCCAAAUGUUUCUUUGAUCAAGAUUGAAGGUGUUGCCACUCCACAAGAAGCUCAAUUCUACUUGGGUAAGCGUAUUGCUUACGUUUACAGAGCUUCCAAGGAAAUUAGAGGUUCCAAGAUUAGAGUUAUGUGGGGUAAGGUCACCAGAACUCACGGUAACUCUGGUGUCGUUAGAGCUACUUUCAGAAACAACUUGCCAGCCAAGACUUUCGGUGCUUCUGUCAGAAUCUUCUUGUACCCAUCUAACAUCUAA